AUGAAAGAUGCACUCUCCAACAUCAGGGACGAAUCCACCCCACCAGGAAACAUAAAGGCUGUCCUCGCCCUACAGAACGGCGGCAUCAUUGUAGAACUAGAGAACGAGGACCUUGCAACAUGGUUGCGGGGAACGGCAGGAAGAGCCCUAUUAGAGGGACAAUUCGACUCAGCAGUAUCAUUUUGCACUCGAACCUUCCCAAUCGUACUCGAAUACUUACCCAUUCAACUACAGAUCGAAAGUGAUGGCUUCCUCCACAAGAUAGAACAUGAUAACCAACUAUCCAAAAAUGUCCUAGUUGCCAUACGAUGGAUCAAACCUCCCCUCUGA